CUACUGGGACAAACUAACAAGCAAUCUCUCUCUCUCUCUCCCUCUCCCUCUCUCUCUGACACUCUCUCUCUCACACACACACGAAUAUACUCUCUCUCUCUUCCCCCUCCCUGUGGAGCAUCAAACUACACAAGAUGGUGGAGAGGAGGAAGCCAUUAGUACUAUCUUCAACUAAAACUUUGAUAAAUUCACUACUCAAUUCAUCAAGACCAGAAGAUCAAUCUGAGCGAGCUGAGAGUGUAUCCGGCGAUAAGUCUUCCCCGGCGGUACAAUUAAAGGCCGGAAUUCUGCGACUCGGUAAUGGCAAAACAGUAAUUUCGGAUCCAAAGAUUGCAUCUUUUGACGACUCUGCUUUGGUUGGACUCUCCACUUCUCAACUCAAAAGGCUCUCCAUUACUUCAGGCUCACUGGUACUUGUCAAGAAUCUGGGGACCAACAUACAGAGAAUUGGCCAAGCAGUUGUUUUGGAUCCUCCCAUGACUAGUGAAAGUCAGAUGGAUGAUAAGUUAAACUCAUCUGCUGAUGUAUUAUCGCAGACAGAUUCAUCACAUGUGAUGCUUGUGUUCCCUUCAUAUUAUUUUUCUCAAUGGUGUUCCGUACCUUUAGCUGCUGAAGUUUCUUACCUGUCUUCCCUCCUGGCAUUCAACCUUAACUUGCAUCUUUCAUGUUUAAACUCUCUAGUUCAACAAGGCAAAGAACAUUUGGCCUCUUUGUUUCAAAAUAAUGUGAACGAUGAAACAAAUAAGAAAGGAAGUUUAGAGGGAACGGAGUCUACCAUUAAGUUAAGUGUUGAAUCUUGGUCUGGAUCACCAAAAUUUGCAUCACACUUGAGGGCUUCCUUUGUUAAGCUGCCAGAAUCUGGCACCCUUGAGGCCCUCAGAAGUAGUUCAUCUGUUGAAGCUGAAGAUCGCCAACGAAUGAUUGACUUGGCGUUAAAUGAAUAUUUUUCAGUUGAUAGAUAUCUUGCCCGAGGUGAUCUUUUCAGUAUAUGCAUUAAUUGGAACUGCAACUCUACAAUGUGCAUUCCUUGUAACCGAAAGAAUCAUAAUACUAGUGACAAUGUCAUUUACUUCAAGGUCAUUGCUAUGGAACCUUCAGAUGAACCUGUUCUUAAAGUCAAUCGCACAAAAACAGCCCUUGUCCUUGGGGGGAGUGUUCCUUCUGCUAUUCCCCCCGAUCUUUUGAUAUCUAAACCUAAUGGUUUCAAUCCUUUACAAGGCGACACCGUUAAGAUUCUUGCUUCUAUACUUGCACCACCUCUUUGUCCAUCAGCACUUUCGUCAAAAUUCAGAGUUGCUGUCCUUCUCAAUGGUUUGCCUGGGUGUGGAAAGAGAACUGUGGUCAAGUACGUAGCUCGUCGACUAGGCUUGCAUGUUGUGGAAUACAGUUGUCAUACUCUUAUGGCUUCCUCUGAACGUAAGAUAUCUGAUGCGCUGGCACAAGCUUUCCUUACAGCUCGCAGAUAUUCACCAACAAUUCUUCUGCUCCGACAUUUUGAUGUUUACCGCAAAAUGGCCUCUAUGGAGAGUUCACAACAAGAUCAAGUUGGCGUAAAUUCUGAAGUUGCAUCCAUUGUCAGGGAAUUCACUGAACCAGUUGGUGAUGAAGUUGACAGCCCUUAUGACGAAGAAGCCGGUAGUGACGCUGCUGUUCAAAGGACAAGCAGACAUCCAGUACUGUUGAUUGCAGCUGCUGAUAGUUCUGAAGGGCUGCCACCAACUAUUAGGCGCUGUUUCAGCCAUGAAGUUAGUAUGGGGCCUUUGACUGAAGAACAGAGACUUGAAAUGAUAUCCGAAUCACUCGGGAGUAUUUCUGAACUUCUUCCAGAUGGUACUUUGGAGGAUCUUGUAAAGGAUAUUGCUGGACAGACAUCUGGCUUUUUGCCAAGAGAUAUGCGUUCUCUGAUUGCUGAUGCUGGUAUGAAUUUGUUACCAAGGGACCAUAUCAAUUUUGACAAAGCUGAUCCAGGAAUCUCAGGUGAGAAUAGCUCAUUAGAGUCCAAACCAGCUCAGGUACCAAAGAUUCUGGAGAAAGAAGAUUUGGUCAAAGCAUUAGAACGGUCAAAAAAAAGGAAUGCCUCUGCCCUGGGCACUCCCAAGGUUCCUAAUGUAAAAUGGGAGGAUGUUGGUGGACUUGAGGAAGUAAAAAAAUCAAUUCUGGAUACUGUUCAGCUACCUCUCCUGCACAAGGAUUUAUUUUCCUCUGGUUUACGCAAACGCUCUGGUGUGCUUCUAUAUGGUCCACCAGGGACGGGGAAAACCUUACUGGCAAAAGCUGUUGCAACUGAGUGCUCCCUUAAUUUUCUUAGUGUGAAAGGGCCUGAACUGAUUAAUAUGUACAUAGGAGAAUCAGAAAAGAACGUGAGAGACAUUUUUCAGAAGGCCAGGUUAGCACGUCCCUGUGUUAUCUUCUUCGAUGAACUUGAUUCACUUGCCCCGGCUAGGGGUGCAUCUGGUGAUUCUGGGGGUGUCAUGGACCGCGUCGUUUCUCAGAUGCUUGCAGAGAUUGAUGGUCUGAGUGAUUCUAGCCAGGAUUUGUUUAUCAUAGGAGCCAGCAACAGGCCUGAUCUUAUCGAUACAGCACUUCUAAGGCCAGGUCGAUUCGAUAAGCUCCUUUAUGUUGGAGUAAAUACCGAAGCAAGUUACAGGGAAAGGGUCCUGAAAGCAUUGACCAGAAAGUUUAAAUUACAUGAGGAUGUGUCAUUGCUAUCAAUAGCAAAAAAAUGCCCCCAAAACUUUACUGGUGCGGACAUGUAUGCCUUGUGUGCAGAUGCCUGGUUCAAUGCUGCAAAGCGCAAGGCUUUGGCUACUCAAGCUGAUCCAAGUGUCACAGAUGAUCAAGCUGACUCUGUCGUCGUAGAAUAUGAUGACUUUUUAAAGGUUGUAGGAGAGCUCUCUCCGUCACUAUCCAUAGCAGAACUGAAGAAGUAUGAAAUGUUGAGAGAUCAAUUCGAAGGAACAUCUACGAGAUGAAUAUUGUUCCCAGGCAGGCAGCAAGUGCCUCCACACUAGGUAGUAUUAUACUAAUAGUAUCACUUUGUCAUAGAACAAUAAACAACACUUUAUGCAAUCAUGCUCAUCAUAGUGCACUAUAAAUGAAAAAACAUGACUAGUGAAGAAACAUAAUUUAUUAAUACAAAAGCAUCAUGUAUUGUUUGGUGAAAUGGAGUGCAUUGUACUUGUUUAUGAACUUAACAUUGAAGAUGACGAAAAAGAAACUACAAAACAAUGCACAAUCUAAGCGGCCAUUGACACAUAUGCCCCUUAUUUGCGGCUGGUCAAAAAUGGGGAAAAGUUUGGUCAACAGAGAGCCGACUACUUGAGUCCAGGCUUCGUUAUGUAAUUGUUCCCUUUUUCUGAAAAGUUCACAAUUGAUUUGUAUAUACUUCUUUUGGUUCACAAUCAAGUUCCUAUCUGCAUUUGGCAUUAUUUUCUGAACCUUAGACUACAUUUUAUUAGUCUUGUUUUCUUUAUUUGACGGUUUGGCUUUUUAUUAUUGCAUGAUAAAAAUUAUUAUUAUGAAUUAUCAAGUCUUUGAACCU